UUCCCCUCGGUGUCGCUGGCCUACGAGCGCGCCGAGAGCGACAUCAUGCACCUGCGGCCGCGCAACCCCCGGCGCGACCGAUUGGUCAACGAGCCCCUGGCCGCCUACUCCUACUUCCAGAUAGGUGCGAUCCAGUCCUUCGCGGGGUUCACGGACUAUUUCGUGGCCAUGGCGCAGGAGGGCUGGUGGCCGCUGCUGGUGCUGGGGCUGCGGCCGCGCUGGGAGGACGCGCACGAGCAGGAGCUGCAGGACAGCUACGGCCAGCAGAACAGGACGCUGCUGGUGGCCAUCGUGUUCCAGGUGUGCAUCGGCUGCUUCCUCUGCUACUGCCCCGGCAUGCCCAACGUCUUCAACUUCAUGCCCAUCAGGUUCCAGUGGUGGUUGGUGCCGAUGCCCUUCGGGCUCCUCAUCCUCGUCUACGACGAGAUCCGGAAACUCGGAGUGCGGAGACACCCGGGCAGUUGGUGGGAUCGGGAGCUUUACUACUGAGAGGCACACCUGGGCACAGCUGGGCACAGCUGGGCACACCUGGGCACAGCUGGGCACACCUGGGCUCACCUGGGCACACCCGGGACCCCCCCGGACACCUGGGCACACCUGAGACUCACCUGGGACCCUCCUUGGACACCUGGAACUCACCUGGGACCCUCCCUGAACACCUGGGCACACCUGAGACCCCCCGUGGACCCUCCCUGACCACCUGGGGCUCACCUGGGACCCCCCUGAGA